UGGUAAGGGGAGGAGGGAGUGUUGGAGGUGGUGAAGAAGUGGAGGAAAGUUGGGUGUUGGGAGGAUUAGGUGUAUGACUCUCUGCAGCUGAAAAAGAGAGAGAGAAGAGGGAAAGCAGCUACACAACUUAGCAGGACUCACCAGAAAAGAAGUCUACAUUUGGAGUGGCUGUGUGUAUGUCAUCUGAGCUACUGGUGAGAGAGUGUUCAAUGGAGGAGGCCAGGGGAGAGAGACCAAUGGACUUGAGAGAGUCCGUCAGAGUUCUCCAGGUCACCGGCUUCUUCCCUUCCCCCCUCAACCAACGCCUCAAGAGCUCAGUGGUGAUCAGUGUAGUGUUCCUAUUGCAU